AUGACGCCUUCCGUUUACACACUUCAAUUGCAUCUUCCAGGAGAACAAGUUGUUUCUUUCCACAAGAAUACGAAUCUGUCAAAUCUGGUUGAUAGUACGGAUUUUACUAAGACGAUGCUGACUGAAUUUUUUGCCAUGAAUAAGCGCAGCAAGCAGGCGCGCAAACUGAAAUGCCUAAAGCGUAGAAAAGUAAUCGGCCAAGUGGUUACUGUCCGUCCCAACGAGGGCAAACGAUAUUUUCUAAGAUUGCUUUUAUCUCAUGUUCAUGCGCCAAAAUCAUUCGACCAUCUUCUCACUGUAGAUGGACAGCUUGCAUCUUCAUAUCAAGAAGCUGUCUUUCGACUGGGCUUGCUCCAGUCUGAUACCUACAUAGAAGACGCUCUUGAUGAAGCCACUGCCUUUCACAUGCCUUGUUCACUUAGAUCCUUGUUUGCAAUGUUACUUAUUUUUUGUACUCCUUCCAAUCCCUUCAAAUUAUGGGAGAAAUAUGAAGCUGACUUAUCCAGUGAUUUAGAAAGAACGAGCUCUAUCACCGGCUGUGAUUCUAAUUAUAUUAGGAGGUAUGUGCUACAGGACAUAAAUAGAUCCUUGGAGCAAAUGGGUAAACACAUAAGUGAUUACCGUCUUGUUCCUGACAGUCUUCUAUUUACUGAGCAUGAACGCUUGACCAAGGAAAUCGAAAGUGAGCAAAGUGUGCGUUGUACAGAAGACGAUUUGAUGACUAUUUCUUGGCUGAACACUGGUCAGCAAGCUACAUAUAAUGCCAUUAUGUCUGAGCUAUUUUUACCCGAUGGCAAGAGUUUCUUUGUCGAUGGUCCCGGAGGAACCGGUAAAACCUUUUUAUAUCGUGCUUUGCUUGCUACUCUGCGGACACAUGGCCAUAUAGCGUUAGCGGUUGCAUCGUCAGGUGUAGCAGCCUCUAUUCUUCUUGGAGGGAGAACUGUGCACUCGCGCUUUAAAAUCCCUCUUGAUGCAUCAGCUACUAAGGCUUGCCAGAUUAGUAAGCAAAGCUCGACUGCUAAACUGAUUGUCGUGGCUAAGUUAAUCUUAUGGGAUGAAUCUUCGAUGGCAAAGCGAGAUACCAUUGAAGCAUUCGAUCUACUCCUUAGGGAUAUCAUGGAUAGUGAUAUGCCGUUUGGCGGUAAGGUCGUGGGUUUUGGAGGUGACUUUCGUCAGACUCUCCCGGUUAUUCAAAACGCAACAAGGGAUAUUCAGGUUCAGUCCAAUUUUGUUAGCUCUGCUUUGUGGAGCAGUCUACAGAAGGUCUCUCUUAAAGAGAAUAUGUGA